AUGCAAGAACAGAACCUGAGCCCAGACUCCCAUGGGAAUCGGGUCAUCGAUCACAAACCACUCGACGGCGAGUCGAUUACCAUGAUGACGGAAGCGAACAAUGACCCCGGUACCAGCAUCCACGACGUAGGACGCAUCGACUCGAACGUGGACGAAAACGACCAAGGGGUGGCCGAUGCAAGGACAGACGGUCACGAGUACUAUGAUCCUACCGUGACACCCGACCUGGAAGCCUCACUGAAUGAAAUGGUGUCGAGGUUGUGUGCAAGUUUGGAUUUGUUUGUCAAAAGGGGCUCCAUCACGCUGGACGACUUAUUCUACAUCAAGUGCACUUUCGAAAACAGUACAGGACAUCAAUAUGCCUCCGGAUCCGACCAAGUCAUGCUCUGGUUCAACCUCGAACGCGGCAACCACGAGGCCUUGAACUCGUCCAAGACUGAGCUGAUUGGUGACAGUAUUACUCACAACCAUCUCAACUCGCGAGCAUGGGUUGCUCAAGAGCGGGCGCUUUCGCCAGCGGUCAUUCACUUCACCCCCGAGAAGAUUUGGUGGGAGUGCAACGAGUUCGUUGUCAACGAAGCCUUCACGGGCGGUCGUUUUAGCUGGAUCCGACAACAAUGCCACAAACCAGGCGUGAUCCGCCAUCUACAACAGAAGACACGAGAGGAAGUAUACGACUUCUGGACAGAGUUCAUUUCCAUUUACGUCAAGACCCAUUUGACCUUUGAAAAGGAUCGUUUUCCGGCCAUGAUUGGCAUAGCGAAGAUUGUGGGCGAAAUUCUCAACGACAAUUUCAUUGCUGGGUUCUGGGAGGGUGACCUUGUUCGAUCACUUGUCUGGCAAAUGGACAGGGUCGCGAGCGUCUCACCCUUCUUGACCGCGAUCCUUUCAACCGCUGCUCUGAUCUCCCAGGUGGCCGCGCAAGAACUCCAACCACCUCCGAAGAUUGAGCCGUUGUUCAACACUACCGUCCAUAUUGAUCCCAAACAAUACGGCCCAAUCGAAGUCCCGGGAGGUUUUCAGAUAGUCUUCAAUGUCCUGAACGCCACCAUCACGGGAGCACUCAACGCUACCAUCAAGGGCGGGGUGGUCUACCCGUAUGUUUACGAAAACGGAACAAUUCAGCAUGUGGAGGGCAGGUUAUGGGGGACUACUCACGACGGUGUCGACUUCUUCAUGGAGGAGCGUGGUAUUGGGGGCGCUGAGCGACGUAUCAAUCGCCAGGCAAGUUGA